AUGUCAACCAUCAAGCCUUCAGUAGACCCGGUCGGCGAGGGAAGCAGCACUCGGGCUGAAGCCGCGGAAGCCACACCUGACCGCGGAGAAGAGGAGGCGCCUAAGGUACAUGAGGUGGAGAAGAUGGCAUCACAGGACCCUCACAAAAACUCUGCAUCUACUACAUCUGCCCCACCAUUGCCCGAAGAGCAGGGGGUGACUGCACCUCCUCUACCAAUGGAAGCACCACCUGUGGAAGAUGAUGGCUGGGAUCCUGUCUGGGAUGACACUGCCCAAGCUUACUACUUCUACAACCGUAUCACUCAGCAGUCACAAUGGACUAACCCUCGCAUACCGGACGUUACCCAGCCUGCAGCACCAGGCGUCGGCAGCUACGACAGAAUACCGGACAGAGCACCAGGAACCGAAGACUUAGCGCCAGCACUACAGCGGCCAUACGGAGGAUACGACCCGGCAAUACAUGGCGACUACGACCCCACUGCUUCUUAUGCACAAGAACAACAGGUGCCGGAAGAGGCUAAUGGACAGCCUGCUGAUCCUGCAGCUAUCUACACAGCGACUGGGGUGUUCAAUCGGUUCACGGGGAAAUGGCAGCCUCAUGACAUCAACCCGGAGAACCAUAAUGAUGAGAAUAAGAGCAAGCGGCAAAUGAGUGCUUUCUUUGAUGUAGAUGCUGCGGCAAAUAGCCAUAAUGGAAAGAGUCUGAAGGCGGAAAGGAGUGGGAAGAAGUUGAGCAAGCAGGAAUUGAAGGCUUUCAAGGAAAAGAGGAAAGAAAAGAAGGAGGAGAAAAGGCGAGCUUGGUUACGGGACUGA